AUGUUUUCGAUUUGUCGUUUCGCGUCGAGCCAAUUUAUCAAAACCCCGAUGUUGUGCAAUUCGGCGACGCGAGCAUUGAGUGUGUCUGGGGCCGACAUGAAGGGGCAUUCGAAGUGGCAGAACAUCAAAGCGACGAAAGGAAAAAAUGAUAUGAUCAAAUCGAAGGCGACCAACUUCCUUUUGAGAAAAGUUCGCGGAGCAGUUUCUCGAGGCGGAUUCGAUUUGAAAUUGAAUCGAGAACUGGCUGGAUUAGAACAAGAAUUCAGAGCUCAAGGACUUCCACUUGACACAUUCAAGAAUUUCUUGCAAAAGCUCAAGGACCGUCCCGAAAUUGAAUACAAUUUCGAUGUUAUCGGACCCGCUGGAACAUUUUUCAUAAUUCAAGCGGAGACGGCCAAUAAGAAGCAAUUGGAAAAUGAUUUAAGAAAAUAUUUCAAUAAGGUCGGAGGAUUCCGAAUGGCCGCCGAUGGCGGAGUUCGCACAUGGUUUGCCGAGAAAGGAGUUGUUACGGUUGACGCAGUGAAGGAUGGAAAAAAGAUUCCGAUGGAACAGAUAGAAGAAGCUGGAAUUGAGAAUGAUUGUGAAGAAGUUGAAUUGGUUGAGGAGGAUGGAAGCGAGAAAUAUGAGUUGUUGUGUGAAGCGAAGAGCUUGAACAGCGUUGAGAGUGGAUUAACGAAAGCUGGAUAUGCAGUUCUUUCAUCUGAAGUUGAGUUCCGUGCUUUGCAUCCAAUCGAAUUGCCGGAAGCAGAAUCAGCACGAGUUGAGAAAUUCUACGAAUUAUUGCAGGAAGAUGAACAGGUCCGGCAGAUUUUUGAUAACAUUGCGCAAGAUUAA